AUGUUUUUUAUCAGCCGCGCCGCCGAGCCUUCCGGCGGCAAAGGCCCUCAGGAGCAUUUUCUCAGAGGGCAGCUCGUUUUUCAGGGUUCCGAAGUGCCCAAAGUCUCGGCAAGCGUCUCGACCGUCCUCGAGGCCUUGCUCCGCCUCGCGUUGGCUGCCGGUCGCGUCACCUCCCACACCUCCUCCCCCGCUGUCCGCAGGCGCUCACACUGA